CAACCCCGGCCGCCUUCCGCCGUCGAGGACCGAAACUGGGCGCUAGGAAGUUUCCCUGCGCGCCCGGGCGCUUCUCCGAGCGCGCCAGAGCGCCAACUUCUCCCUCCGACGACGACGCGCCCCGAGGAGCCUUUCGCCGCCAGAGCGCGCGGCCCGCCCGGCUCUCCCGCGGCCCCCGAGGGGCGGCUCCUCCUUCCUUCCCGGACCCGGGCUGCCUUUUACAUAACCGCCCGAAAAAGGCGUCGCCACCGCCGCCCGGGCGCCUGGAGGGGGCGAGGCGAGCUCGGUCCCUUCGCCACCGCCUGGUCUCUCGACGAGGCGGACUCUCCUCGCUGCUGCUGCUGCCGCCGCCCCGGCGAGGGCUGUGGGCGGACGGGCGCCGGGCAAGGCGCACCAUGGGCCACGGGACGAGCGCCGGCUUCUCCUACAGUGCACCCAAAUGUUUCCGGCCCCUGUGAUGAACGGGCUCCCUGCCCCGCCAGGCGACCCCGCGCACCCCGGCGGCUGGAAUGAGUUUUGCGAGCACCAUGCCAUCUCCACCGCCAGAGAGCUGGCCCGCAAGUACCUCCUCUUUGUCAGCGAGAACCCCCAGCACGAAGUCCUGGCGGCCGAGAACUUCUCCCUCCAGUUUGCCGACCUUUUCCAGCAGUACUUCCGCAACGAGGUGAAGGAUGGCUUUGCCAUGAACCGAUUCCGCAUUCUCCCCUUCAGCAGGGUGCGGGAUUACCGGGAGACCGGCCGGAAGCAGCCGGGGGGCUCCCUCGGGGGCGUCGUGGCCAAAGCCGAAGUGGAGCUGGCUGACCAGGCCGCCAGGGGCCCGGAGGCCCACCCCCGAAGCCUGACCAAGGCCUGGAGCUCGGAGAACCUUGCAGGAACGGCUUCCCCCUUGGCCGCGAGGAGACCCUUUUCCCUGGACCGCCUGAGGAGGAGUUGGCGCAGCUUUUUCCGCAGGAGGUCCUUGGAGCCGGCCCCCGGAGGAGGGGAGAUACUGGACUCCGUUUCAAAGCCUGGCCUUGCCCGGAAGUUCUUCCCGUGGGCCCUUUCGCAAGACCCCUCUUCUCAGAUUCAGAAAGAGGGCAGUCUGAAAUACUGGAUGGUGACCGAGGCUACGAUGGACAGCGGGGCUUGCUGGCAGAGGUGCCGGCUGGUUUUGCGGAGAGCGGGGGCUUUGGACAACGACGAUUACAUCCUGGAGGUGUUUGAUCCCCCCAAGAGUUCGAAGCCAAAGCUGCAGACCAGCUGCUCAGAGAUCCAAGAAAUCCGUCCCUGCACUCGCCUGGAGAUGCCGGACCACGCAGACACCUUUGUCCUCAAGAUGCUGAAGGUGAACACCUCCAUGGAUGUUGUAUUUGAGGCUGGAGAUGACCAGCAACUGCGUUCCUGGAUGUGUGAAAUUAAAGAGUGUCUCCAUCGAGGGUCAGAAGGCGCUGACGUUGAGCUGAUCUCGGACUCUCACUCGGAGGCUGUGACUGCAAGCCCCACAACCAGCAGCACGGACUCCCUGAACCAAGGGGCAAUGCCACCCAGCCUCCCAGACCAGAACGGCCAGAAGACUGACCACUACCUGACAUCCUUCCCCUGGUUCCAUGGCCCCAUUUCUCGAGUCAAAGCCGCUCAGCUGGUUCAGCACCAGGGCCUUGACGGACAUGGGGUUUUCCUCAUCCGACAGAGUGAAACCCGCAGGGGAGACUACGUCCUCACUUUCAACUUCCAAGGAAGAGCAAAGCACCUACGGCUCUCCCUAACCGAGAGGGGCCAGUGUCGUGUCCAGCACCUGCACUUUGCCUCCAUUUUGGACAUGUUGCACCACUUCCAGCGCUUCCCCAUCCCCCUGGAGUGCGGAACGGCCUGCAACGUACAGCUGUCCAGCUAUGUAGUGGUUCUUCCACAUGCACAAGGCUCCAGCAGCACAGUCCCCCUUUCCCCGUCCGUCCACCACUGCCACCCGGAAUUCAGCCUUGUCCAGCUGUCCCCUUCCAGCUGCCCGCGGAUCCACCUGGCCGACAACCUCCGACAGAGCUCCUCAGUGGAGCAGAUAUUCCACCUGGUGCCCCCUCCAGAAGAGCUGGCCAGCGGCCUGUGGCCCAGCAGCCACCUGACCAGCCCACCCACCAGCCCUGCAACGCGCCAGUGGGACAAUGAUUACGAGAUGGACUCACAAGGCAGGUCCCACCUGCGGGCGGUUAACAACCAGUACACAUCCCUCUGACACAGCGGGAUGGGCCAACAGCCUGCUUUUGCACAAGACUCUGGAUAAAUGUUUCAGAAAGCCACGGAAAAGACUUAUUCCUCUUGGCUGCAGGCUCGUGCUGGGGCGAGGCAGCUGGGUACACUUGCCCCAAGCCUUGGAGGGCUAAGAUGGCAGUGGGGGGGGGCGGUGUACCAGGGACCGGCUGCUUUUUUGUUUGAGUUUAUAACUUUAUUCUAACAAGACUCUGCCCCAGGCCUCAGGAAAGCUCUGCACAUGCCUGCUUGGCUGUGUUGGUUUGUAAGAUAGAUUGAUAACUCACUCCACUAUGGAUGGGACCCUUCGAUUCGGCUUAUUAAAUGGCCUCUCUGUUAAGUUUUUUCACUCAAUCCUCUCAUCGGUUUUGCACAUGUCUCUUCCUUUGCUUUAGGCUCCUAGUUUAUUUUUGUUGCUACCGGUACAUACAAUAUUUUUUGGUCUCUGUAACGAUGUUCCUCCACUUGAGGAAAAGGGGAAGAAAGAAAACCCCCAGAUCCAACUAGACUCAAGUAAUUGAUCUGAUUUGCUCUUUCCAUCACCCGCCUCUCAUUUUGUUGCUGAAUGAAGGCAACUGAGCUCUCUUUAGCUGAGCUAAUUUCUUGGCUCCCUUGGGAACUAAGGAAAUCUGUGUUUUCUUUUUUAAAACUUAAGCUCCUUCCAAGUAGGGUAAUACAAACAGAACCGGGUGGUUGUUGGAAGUGCAGGCAAGAGGAAUAACCAUGGCAGAAGGCCAUCACCACUACCCCUGUGCACAAUUUUUGGCUUUAACUAUCUAAACACUCAGGUCCAUCAGCCUCCAUGCAGGCCUAAAACGAUGCAACUGCACCACAAGUAAGACAGAGUCAACUGUUGUGGCUUCCUAGCAAGGAGCGCAAGGUGUUCCUGUCUUGAGUAGGCAGAGGAAGAUCACACUUGUGGAGUGGAUGGAAGUUCCUUUUAACAAUCCCAUCACUGUCCCUCAUCUAGCCUAACACUGUGUACUCCAGAUUGGCAUAGCCUCUGGAGAGCCUCACCCAUACCUGUGGUCCUUUAACUGGCUAAUGGCAGAGAUUGAGCCUUAGGACUCCCGCAUGCAUGCUACAACUGGGCUAUGCCUCCCCACCUUAAACUAGAAGCGCCAUCAUUCCUGGCAACACAGAUCUCCUUUCAACAUCAGCUAGAGACACAGCAAGGGAAGGGUCAGGGAAUAGCCUACAAUUAAUGGAUUGGAUGCUCAUGAGCAAGUCAAAAGGAAUUGAACCUACUAGGAAGCAGCUGGUCAGCUCAACUGGUCUGCUUGGUUCAGUAUUGUCUCAUUGGACCAGCUCUUCCAAAGACUCAUGCAGAGAGGUUUUCCCUGUUACGACAUGGGACAUUCCAUCACUGAGCUAUGAAAUUAUAUGUUUUGAGGUUAAGAUGACCUAGCCUCAAAUAGCUGCUUCCUUCCAACCAUUCCAGUGGGAAAGGGGGUCAUCUUGCAUCUCUGCCUUGCCCCAUAGGGCUACUCUGGUCUUAAGUUGCUUAGCAUCCCUAGUUCAAGCCCAACCGUGCAGCACAGAAAUACUCAAAACAGUCAAUAGCUUCUGAUCCAUUUCUAAAUCUGACUUCUUUGCGAACGCCACACCAACCUUACGAGGGUUACAGGGAUUUUUUUCCCCUCUAAAAGAAAAUCCACAGCAGCUGCCUUUAAGCAGUUUCAAAAAUGCUUAAAAUGCUUUUGAGAGUAAUUUUAACAGCAUAAUUCUUAGAGGAAGUCUAAGAACCUCAGUGAGGUUAAGACACACAUUUAUCAUGCAUUAACUUUAGGAGCACAAUGAAAACGACACAGCGCUGAAUUUGCUCUUUUCCAGCAUCCUCAAAGCCACAAACGCCAGAGUUGGGGGGAACCUCUCCAAAAAGCAGAAAGCCUGGUCUAACAGCAUAUUAGCACCAAGGGUAUCUGCUCUUGAUAUAGAAUGGAAAUAGCUUUAAAAAUGUACCCCAAACCAGCAGAGAGAAGGAAAUUUUUAAAAAAAUAUAUAUGGGAGAGGCCGUUACCAUCUUUCCCCUGCUGUGUGUGCAAAAUCUAACAAUUAUUCUCUUUGGCCGAGGUGGUGUUCUGAUUUUGGGGGGCAUGGGGAGGGUAGCACGUAUCAGAAAACAAACAUGGGUAAUGGCAAACCAUAUACAGUAUAGUCAAGUUAACAACGUUGUCCACAGUCUAGCAAAUUGUUAUGCAAAAUGAUGGCUGUGUACCCAAAGAUACUAGAGGUUUGUUGUUGGUUUUUAAAAAUGCUUUUCCCUCUUUGAGCUGUUGCCCACACAAGCUAACCUCACACAGAUUUAAGCAUGGGACCCAUGUGCCCGCUGGACGGUAAAAGGGCCUAUGAUUAGCUAGCAUUUCAUCACACUAAUGCCUUGUGCUGGAAUGAACUUUGCUGAAAGUUUGUUCAAAGCAGGAGUCCAAAAACAUCUGAAGGACCACAGGUUGCUCCCCCCCUCGCCCCGGUUUCAGCCCAUUUUUUAGUUCUCUUAAGGAACUUGCUCUGAUCUUUCUUACCUAGUAAACCUAAAUGCUCCAAACCACAUAACCGGUAGUAGAGCAGUAGCAAGGUCUCUGCCUAGAUAUUAAGUGCCUUUUCCCUAUCACCAGCAGUGCUUGGCUGCUCAUGCAAAUAAAUUUCUUUCUCCAUCCCCUGACCAUCACCAUCAGAGAUCCUGCUUGUUUGCUCAGAACAUCAAUCAGGGCUCAAAGCCUUCUGGGACGUUACAAUUUCUGAUACAAGUGCAGGUGUUCAUUGAGGGCAGGGUUUUCAGAGGCUGGGGGCAAACCUGCAUUCAGUCUCAGAAUUGCCCUGCAGGUGGCAUCUUCCAAAGGGGCUCAACAUGCAGCGUAAAAUUAGUUUACCUGGGUCCAGCUGCAUCCUCACAUUUGUGCCAGUCGUCCUUCAAGAUGCUCCACACAAAAGGAGAUGGACAGCAGGAUGGCAAAGCCCCAAGGCUGACUAGCACCCGGCCAUGAACAGUUUACUUGACGUCAUCUCUGUGAGCUGUAGGUAUAAGCUCCCUGCACUGUGGUUUCCAAAUUUUAAAAUCUUAACAGAUUAGUCUCUAUCAACAGCAGCAAAUGAAUGAGCUCCACAGCUUGCUAUUUAUUUUUUUUAAAAAAACCAAAUAGGCAUUUAAAGAAAAAAACUGAGUGUUCUUGUUCUCUACCUUUCUACUCUUGUAUAGUAUAAUUUUUCUAUAUAUUGUUUCUGUAUGUACUGUACAUGUAACUUAUUCUUUAAUACAGCUAAAAAAUAUGCAUACAGAUCUGCCCCUGCAGUAAAAUAAAACUGUUUUUAGAAAUUUUCA